ACCUCCGGGCAGCGCAAAGCCGGCCAUGGCCGAGGGAGGCUUGUGCUGCUGCGGCCGCUGGAAGCGCCACAUCGUCCGGCAGCUGCAGCAGCGCGACCGGGCGCAGAAAGCGCGCUUCUGGGAUCUCGUGCAAGCCUAUAACAAGCUGCUAGAAAAAUCCAACUUGGUUGAUCUUUCCGUGCCAUUCCAAAUCCCCUCUGUGGAUCAGAUGAGGGAUCCCUCUGCUCAUAACAAGCUGCUAGAAAAAUCCAACUUGGUUGAUCUUUCCGUGCCAUUCCAAAUCCCCUCUGUGGAUCAGAUGAGGGAUCCCUCUGCUCGCAGCCCCAACCAUCCGUCUUCCACUUGCGUUCCUCACACGGUUUGGGAUUCUUCGACGCUGUUGGUGUGUCUUCAGAACCGUCACGAAACCAGCCUCUUGCAGUUGGAGACUGCCAACGGGGAGAUGGCAUACAAGGUGUAUGAAUUGAACCAGUUGCUCCAAGCUAAGGAUGCGUCACUGGGGGACCAGAAGGCCAGGCUGGAAGUUCUGAGCGGCCAACUGUCGGGCCUGCAGGGCUGGCGUUGCCAACUGCAAAGCCAGGCGGAGGAGCUCGGGGGCAGGAACAGCGCCCGGAAAGCCGAGUACGAUUCUCUGCAGAGGCGUUUCCAGCAGCAGGACGGGGAGUUCCGCCGGGCCCAGGAAAAAGGGGAGCGGCUCCUCCAGCAAGUCCUGCGGAGGAAGGCGGACUGGGCCCAGCAUGAGAACCAGAGGAUUGAAAGGGAGAAGCAAAGGCAACUGAACAGGGAUCUUCAGGCAGCUACCAGGUCGAUCCUCAGUGUAAAGCUAGACCCAGAAAAAGUGAAACCAGGAGAGAAGAAGUUGGCCGGCAGACAGGACUUUGAAGAGAAGAAAGGAGGUGAAAAAUUGUGGAAAAGACCCUUCAGGUCAGCAUCCGCUACUUCGCUCAGCACCACCAGAUACAAGGAGGUGGUCAAGGGCUGGUUUGAUUUUAGGCACAAACGUGGGAACUCGGUCAGUAGCGGGUCAGUGGAUCAGUACUGCAGCCGACCUUCCUGUGUGGCCGCCUGUCUCCCCUCCGGCGUGGCCGAUGAACAAGAAGGCCACCUCUCGGAGAUCCACGCGGUCACCUUCAGUCCGGACUCAGGCCUGCUAGCCACGGGUGGCGCGGACAGGCUGAUUAAGCUUUGGACUGUGGCUGGAGGUUGCCUGGAGAAGAAGGAAACCUUCGACGGAUCGAGUGGCAGCAUCACCAGCCUUGCGUUUGAUCCCUCGGGGGGUUGCGUCUUAGCCGCCACGUACGACAACGCUGCCCAGUUGUGGAAGGUGGGGGACAGCAGGCUUAAGGAAAUUCUCACAGGACACACAAACAAAGUGACAGCUGCUAAGUUCAGGUCCACCUGGCAGCAGGCGGUGACGGGCAGCCGAGACCGGACCGUGAAGGAAUGGGACUUGGUCAAAGGGGCAUGUUCCAGGACCAUCGAGGCCUUCUCUUACUGCAACGACGUUGUGUGUUGCAACAAUGUCAUUGUGAGUGGCCACCACGACAGGAUGAUCCGUUUCUGGGACAGCAGGGACCCUCACUGCACCCAGAUGAUCCCCGUGGGAGGCAAGGUGACCUCGCUCAAUCUCAGCCCCGAUCAGCUUCACCUGCUGAGUUGCUCUCAGGACAACGCUCUCAAGGUCAUCGACCUCAGGAUGCACACCGUCCAGCAGGUAUUCAGAGCGGAGGGAUUCAAAUGUGGGUCUGACGGGACCAAGGCUGUGUUCAGCCCGGAUAAACGCUACGCCUUGGCUGGCUCUUCAAACGGGACCCUCUUUCUCUGGAACAUGGCAACGGGGAAAUUGGAAAACCGCUUGGAAGGAGUCCACCGGUUUUCUGUCAACGCUGUGGCGUGGAGUCCCUCUGGAGUACACAUAGGGAGCGCGGGGCGGUGUCGGAAAGUCGUGUUGUGGCGGUAGCGGAGGAGAAGAUAUGGAUGCUGCUACACCUCUGUCUCAUUGCUGGACUUUUGCCUUUGUGGCUUUGGAAACGGAUUGUCGUUGGACAUCGGAACGAGGAGAAGGCCGGUGGGAGCUGAGAAGCAGGUCUCCCUUCGGCCCCAGAUUCAAGUCUUUGUUCUUCCUUGCGAUGGGGGGAGGAGGCAGAUGGGGAGCCAGGACAUGGCGCCGAGCCCUCCGACUCUCACUAGACCCGCAAAGACAAAAGCUCUCAAAGGUGAAACCAGGCUUAUUAGCAAAUUUCCUGACAGAACAAUUAACCCAUGGAACUACUUGCCUCCAGAAGUUGCCGGUGCUGCAUCACUGGAGGUUUUUUAAGAAGAGGCUAGACAGCUAUUUGUCUGUCUGAAAUGACAGGGUUUCCUCCUUGAGCACGGGGGUUGGACUAGAAGAGCUCUGAGAUCCCUUCCAACUCUGGGAUUCUGUAUUCUGAUUAAACGACCAAAGGCUAAAACAUAUGAAGAAUGGUUGUAGGGAUCGGGUGUGUCUAUUUUAAUGAAAAAAGGACUAAGAACGACAUGAUGGCAGUCUUCCAAUAUUUGAGGGGCUGCCCCAAAGAAGAGUGGGGGUCCACCUAUUCUUCAAAGCCCCUGAAGGCAGGACAAGAAGCAACCAAUGAAAACCAAGCAAGGAGAGAAGCAACCUAGAAUUAAGGAGGAAUUUCCUGACAGUGAGGACAAUCAACCAGUGGAACGGCUUGCCACCAGAAGUUGUGUGUUGGGUUUUUUUUUCAUGGGACCAGUCUUAUCAGGGCAACGUGGUCUACCCAAUUAUGGGAUGGAGCAUACUUUGUCGGUAAAACAUAAAUUUAACACCAGAAGUUGUAAGUGCUUCCUCACUGGAGGUUUGUAAUGAGAGAUUGGACAGCUGUUUGUCUAAAAUGGCAUAGGUUUUCCUGCUUGAGCAGGGGGUUGGAAUAGAAGACCUCCAGGGUCCCUUCCAACUCCUGUUAUUCAUCUCCACAAAGCUCAGAGAUGAUGGCCAAUGCUUAAGGGUCUUCUCCAUUUCAUCGGCUACCAAAUGUGUAAGAGGCAGGUAGAAUACGAAAAAGCUUUCUGCAAACACUUGGAGUCCUAGUGGAUAACCAUUUAGAUAUGAGCCAGCAGUGUGCAGCAGCUGUUAAAAAAGCCAACACAAUUCUGGGCUGCAUAAACAGAGGGAUAGAAUCAAGAACACGUGAAGUGUUCAUACCACUUUAUAAUGCCUUGGUAAGGCCACACUUGGAAUAUUGCAUUCAGUUUUGGUCGCCACGAUAUAAAAAGGAUGUUGAGACUCUAGAAAGAGUGCAGAGAAGAGCAACGAAGAUGAUUAUGGGACUGGAGGCUAAAACAUAUGAAGAACGGUUGCAGGAACUCGGUAUGCCUAGUUUAAUGAAAAGAAGGACUAGGGGAGACAUGAUAGCAGUCUUCCAAUAUUUCAGGGGUUGCCCCAAAGAAGAGGGAGUCAAACUAUUCUCCAAAGCACCUGAAGGCAGGACAAGAAGCAAUGGGUGGAAACUAAUCAAGGAGAGAAGCAACUUAGAACUAAGGAGAAAUUUCCUGACAGUUAGAACAAUUAAUAAGUGGAACGACUUGCCUGCAGAAGUUGUGAAUGCUCCAACACUGGAAAUUUUUAAGGAAAUGUUGGAUAGCCAUUUGUCUGAAAUGGUGCAGGGUUUCCUGCCUGGGCAGGGGGUUGGACUAGAAGACCUCCAAGGUCCCUUCCAACUCUGAUAUUAUUAUUAUUAUUAUUAUUAUUAUUAUUAUUAUUAUUAUUAUUAUUAUUAUUAUUAUUAUUAUUAUUAUUAUUACACGCUUGGAAGGAAGUCUGAAUCGCAGCAAUAAACAAAGGAAAAUAGACAUUUCUAGUGCAUCACAUCCCUUGCAAAAAAUUGAUUGUGCAUCUGGCUCUUGGCACUCAAAGUGUUUCUCAGGCAUCACUUCACACCUCUUCACACCCAACAGUCCCUCGCAAAGGUUUCUCACUAAUAUUUUUUCCCCAGGGGGUGGAGGUGGGGGGGCUGCCCCUCUAGCAGUUGGCAGAGUGCCAGUGAGCGUUUGGCUCAGCUUUGAUCUUGGACCUCUGAUGCCCGGCUGCUAAAAUGUGGGGGGGUUUUUUCCCCCUCCCUGCUUUCGUUGAGGUGGAAAACAUUUGCAAACCGAGAAAAAAACCCCUCCACCCAGCAAAGCUGGCUGAGGAACUCUGGGAGUUGAAGUCCACAAGUCUUAAAGGGACCCCUGAUAUAAAGUACAAAGAAGAGAAGGAAAAAAAUAGGAAAUUAAGGGAAGGAGGGAAAGGGGUGUGAGAUACAAGCAGAAAGAAAAAAGGAAGAAAGAUUACAAAUUAACAGAGUUGGAAGGGACCUUGUUAGGGCAUCUAGUCCAACCCCAAGGAAGGAAGGGGAGGCAUUGACUUCCAGCUCUUCUUAGCACAGUACAAGAUAAACACACUCCAACUUCGGCUUUUUGCUUUUACACAUUACUACCCUGUUUCCCCCCCAAAAUAAGACGUCCCCUGAUAAUAACCCCAAUCAGGCUUUUGAGCGCAUGGCGAUAAGGCCAAGCGCUUAUUUCAGGGUUCGAAAAAAUAUAAGGCAGGGUCUUAUUUUUGGGGAAAUGUGGUAUAUAACUAGCCAUUCCUAUAACACCAAAUCUUUCUAAUCCAGGGGUCCCCAACCUUUCGGACCUCAGGGACCACUAAAUUCAUAAUUUUAAACCCCAAGGACCACUAAUACGAUCUGCCUAAUGACCGGCUGGGUGGGUGUGGCUAGGUGGUCAUGUAACUGGGUGGGCAUGGCGCCUCUACUCACCCCUCCCCUGCCACCCACUCCUCGCCUCCCCGCCCGGGCUCCUUAGGGCCCCCACAGGAAGCAGUUGUUGGAGCUAAGCAGCCACCACGAGAAAGAGUUGGCCAAACAGCUCAGUUCAAAUUGGAUCUGACCCAGAAGGAGGCUCAGCAGAAGCACCUCACUGAGGACUAGGAGCAUAGGCUUUCCAAGCAGAGGGAAGACCUGUGGGAGUGCAAAGCCAGAUACUAGCGCCUGGAGGCUCAGCGGGCUGAGAUGGUCAGCCAAUUCCAGGCCAUGAUGCAGUCCCACUGGAACAAGGCCCUCCAGCUCUUCGCCACCAGUGGCUCUUCCCUCUAGCCUUCACCCAAAGCCCCACACCAGGAGGCUGAAGCAGACCCCAAAUUGGAAUUUCUGCCCCCCUCCGACCCACACAAAAAGACCCUAAAGGGGGAGACUCUCUGCAGCAACACAACCGUUCAUUGCACGUAUCCGUUCCAGGGGUCGUAGUUUGAGGACCUGUGAUUUAGUGCAAGAUAAAAAAUGCAAAUAUUUUUUCUGCGAACCACCAACAUUUUCUUGGGGACCAACAGUUGGUGACCACUGUUCUAAUCAAGAAAACCCAAAGUCAACAUUUCUUCUUCUUUUCUCUCUCUCUCUUCACAAUCCAGUUCUAUACAGGCGGUGCUCGAUUUAACAACCGUUCGUUUAGUGCCCAUUCGAAGUCCCCGGAGCACUGAAAAAAGUGGCAGGAUCGGUUUUCCCACAACUUUUGCAGCCGGUCAGGUGAUCAAAAUUCGGACGCUUGGCAGCCGGUUCGUAUUUGUGAUGGUUGCGGGUUUCCGAGGAAGAUCAGGUUCCCUUAACAAGCCUGAUACUAAACUCAGCAACUCCAGGGAUUCACGUAAAAACAUGGUGGCGCAGAGGUUAGGAUGCAGCAUUGCAAGCAGUGGUGGGUUGUUCCCAGUUCGGUCCCGUUCUACAGAACCGGUAGCAAAACCGGCAGCAGGCUCCGCCCACCUGCCACGGCGUCCUCACGGGUGACCUGCACAAGCGCAGAAGCGCGCGUGCGCUCCCGUUGCAAACCGGUGGUAAAGGUAAGUAGAACCCACCCCUGAUUGCAGGCUAAUUCUGCCCCCAGCCAAGAGUUCGAAUCCUACCAGGCUCCAGGCUGACUCAGCCUUCCAUCCUUCCGAGGUCGGUAAAAUGAGGACCCAGAUUUACAGAGGCUGACUCUGUAAAGUGCUUAGAGAUGGUUGGAAAGCCCUGUGAAGCGGUAUAUAAGUCUAAGGGCUGUUGUUACUAGGAAGGAAGGAAGGAAGGAAGGAAGGAAGGAAGGAAGGAAGGAAGGAAGGAAGGAAGGAAGGAUGGAUGGAUUAGAGUUACAGCACCCAAAACUCCAGAGACAAGUCAUUCUACUGAUUAAUUGUUCUCCCUGUCAGGAAAUUUCUCCUUAUUUCUAGGUUCCUUCUUCCAUCUUCUUGUCCUGCCUUCAGGUGCUUUGGAGAAUAGGUUGACCCUCUCUUCUUUGGGGGAGCCCCUCAAAUAUUAGAACACUUCUUUCAUGUCCCCCCCUAAUCCUUUUCACUAGACUAGCCGAACCCAAUUAUUGCAACUGUUCUUGUAUGUUUUAUCCUCCAGGCCUUUAAUCAUCUUUUUUUUUUAUCUUCUCUGCACUUUUUCCAGAGUGCAGCAAAUAUGUAGCCUUCAUAUAAAUGGGGGAGUAAUUGUUUUUAUUGUUAUAUAUUGGGUUCUUAUUUUUUUUUAAGCAGCCCAGAGUCCCUGGGACUUAGUGGGUGGUCGUAUAAAUCUAAUAGGAAUUAAAUAAACAAACAAACAAAUAUGAUACCAAAAAUGUGGUAUAAAUCUAAUAGGAAUUAAAUAAACAAACAAACAAAUAUGAUACCAAAAAUGUGGUAUAAAUCUAAUAGGAAUUAAAUAAACAAACAAACAAAUAUGAUACCAAAAAUGUGGUAUAAAUCUAAUAGGAAUUAAAUAAACCAACAAACAAAUAUGAUACCAAAAAUGUGGUAUAAAUCUAAUAGGAAUUAAAUAAACCAACAAACAAAUAUGAUACCAAAAAUGUGGUAUAAAUCUAAUAGGAAUUAAAUAAACCAACAAACAAAUAUGAUACCAAAAAUGUGGUGGGUUUGUAUCUGACAAUAAAGAGCUUCAACCACGCCAGAGUGAGUAUCUUUGUAGUAAGUGGUGGUUACAUUUGGUUCGGUCUACCAAACAGAAACUUCUGACGGAGCUUCUUGGAAGCAAGAAUGAACCAUUCCUGUGUCAUCUUAACAGAACAACAAGCCUUGGAGGGGACCUUGGGGGUCUUCUAGCCCAACCCCCUGCUAAGAGGCUUCCAAGGCCUCAAGAGAAGAGGCAGGAGGCCACCAGGUGACUCUCCAUCGCGUGGACUCAAAGGAAUGGAAAUUUAAGGGUGGGAUUGGGACCAGGAAGCUCUGGGUUCAAGUGUUUCGCUCGCCCAAUGCACCUGACCAAGAAGGCAAAGCUUUGAUCGUGUGGUUGGGGUUGUCUACUUUGUUCUUUUGAGCAUCCAGAGUCAGAGUCAGCCAGAGUUAAACAGGAAGCCCUCUUGAACCCAUGGCACAAAUACACCUGCUACACAAACACCGGGUUGCCCCCGGUUCGGUCCGGUUCUAUAGAACCGGUAGUAAAGCUGGCUGGAGAAUUGUGGGAGUUGAAGUCCACAAGUCUUAAAGCGGCCGAGUUUGAAGACCUCUGCGUUUACGGCAUUAGAACUCACGCAAAGUCUUCAGCCCUGCGCUAUAAAAAUGCACGUAAAUGAAUGAAAUGAGGAUGUACCCCUUUCGCACCACCAAACUAUCCCCCAGCACAACGUUAAGGGCAUCUACACACACCCCGACGUACAAAGUGGGUCUGAGUCACAAAUGGUUGAAUUUUAAGACCAGUGUAUCUCAAUUUUGGCAGUUUGAAGAGGGGUGAACUUCAACUCCCAGAAUUCCCCACCCAGCAAAGGGUUUGUGGAGGAAGAGGAGGAGGAAGAGGAAUGUGAGGUCCUCAGUGCUCCCUGAACUGGGUUGUUUUCUUGCAGACGUUUCACGAUCAAACUAGGUUAUAUCAUCAGUGCUAGUAGGGAGUGGGGUUUGCAGAGUGGAGGAGUAGGGUGAUGACUGUUUUCUUGCACACAUUUCAUGACCCAACUAAGUAACAUCCUCAGUACUAGAAGGGAGUAGGGCUUAUGGAGAGGAAGAGGAGAAGGACAUCUGUGGGGGUCCUUGGUGCUCUCUGAGCUUGGUGGUUUUCUUGCAGAUGUUUCACGACCCAACUAGGGAACAUCAUCAGUGCUAGAAGGAAGUGGGGUUUGCUCUUUUUUUUAACAAAGCCCACUAGGGAAUUCCGGGAGUUGAAGUCCACCCCUCUUUUAAGUUGUCAAGGUUGAGAUACCAAUACUGUAAUACUGUAAAUACUCCUCUGUAAACAACAAAACUUGAAAUCCUGGGAUUAGAAAACUUAGAACUCCGCCGACUCCGACAAGACCUGUGUUUAACACACAGAAUCAUCUAUUGCAAUGUCCUUCCUGUCGAAGACUACUUCAGCUUCAAUCGCAAUAAUACAAGAGCAAACAAUAGAUUCAAACUUAAUGUCAACCGCUUCAAUCUUGAUUGCAGAAAAUAUGACUUCUGCAACAGAUUUAACGCUUGGAACACACUACCUGACUCUGUGGUCUCUUCUCAAAAUCCCAAAAGCUUUAACCAAAAACUGUCUACCAUUGACCUCACCCCAUUCCUAAAAGGACUAUAAGGGGCGUGCAUAAGUGCACAAAAGUGCCUACCGUUCCUGUCCUAUUGUUUCCGUUCAAUGUAUGUGCUUGUAUAUAAUGUUGUGACAAAAUAAAAAUAAAAUAAAAAAAUAAAAUACCCCUUUUCUGCUUUUGGGAGUCACCCAACACUGGACCAGCAACCGAAGCCCACCGUCCAAUGUCCAGUUCUCCUUGUGGAGAUGCCACAGCUGGGCCUGCAACUAGCUGAGACGUCCUGCAGAAAUCCUUGCAGGAUCAGGUCCCAGCUAAGAGUUCCUGUUUUGUGAAGCUCCCCCCCCCACAAAGGUUUGGUUUCUCCCAAUCAGUAGAAGGUCCUUUAAAAGGGCCAAGAGGGGCCCUUCAUCUUUCCUUUUCCCUUGGAGUUCCUUUGGGGUCUUUGAGCAGUUGAGUUGGUGAGUUGGUGGGUUGGUGGGUUGAUCUGGUUCAUGGUUCCUCCCCACCCCAAAAAAAAGCUGGGUUUGAUUUUGAAAGCAACUUUGUGAUUUAAUGAAAAAUAAAUAAGUAGGGACUCCAGUAGUUGUUUAUUUUUUUUCCCCCACCUGUUUUGGUUAAAUGUUGGUUUAUUGUUGCCUUUGGAAUAACUUCUAUUAAACUUCUCUUUUAAGUUGCAGCACCGCAGAGCCUUUUGCAAAAUUUGAAUGCGUUAACUGUUUUUCCCUUUUUGUA